AUGACUACAGCUGACUCGCCGAAGAAGAGAAAAAGGGCCCUCAGCCCGCUACCUACGAGGAAGAUACCACUACAUUCAGGAGAAUCGCAAGCUAUGGAAGCGACAUCAGAGAAAAUCAUGACCAUGGAAGAAGAAACGGAGAAGGCAUUGGCCGAGUUCAGAGCGGCUUUAGACGAUGAACAAGCGAUCAAGCAAUACGACGACGAAAGAAAUAAGCUCGUGAAAAAAGAAGAAGACAAUGCUUGGGAUCAAGCAGCAAGAUCAGACAAACCCGGUUCUGAGGAUGAUAAGGUAGAGAAAUUGGCUGCAGAUAUCAUCCGGGGGAUUCGGGAGUAUGAGCGGAACGUUACUUUCGGCAAUGUAGCUUCAGAAGCGCUACCAGAGCCCGAAGACCGCGACAUGGGUGGCCAAUAUCUCACUAAUAAGGACCGUAUAGACCGCGAGAGCAAGCUUUUCGAGAUUGCUAGAAUCGUUCCCAAAGGUGCUCUUUUGCAUCUCCACUUCAAUGCCGCACUACACCCCGAGUUGCUUCUCGUAAAGGCCCGGAGAAUGAAGAACAUGUACAUUCGCAGUAUACGUCCAAUUGCGGACAAGAAUGAUCUGGCGUUGACGGAAGUGGUCUUCAAUAUCCUAGAUCCGAAGACCGUCGAUCCUGAAAUUGACAUCUUCUCUGAUACAUAUCCUGCGGCCGAAGAUGCGGUAAGAUUCAAGGAUGCAGAUGUCAAGGAUAGAAUCUGGAUGCUCUGGUCAAAAUUCCAAGAGGAGUUUGAGAAAAGGUUCCCCGGACUAUAUCAACAACAAGAGCCUGAGACUUUCAGAGAAGGGCGACCACGCCGAACGCGGAAUUGUGGGGAUCCAAAGCAGAUCAAAUUACAUCCUGCUGAGAACUGGUUGAGGUCAAAGAUGGUGCUUAGCGAAGAUGAAGCUUAUGGUCCUCAACAAACUGUCAAUGGUGUUUGGGCCCGUUUCAACCAAGCUACCAGAGCCUUCAAGGGUCUGCUUAACUACGAGAGCGUCUACAAGGAAUAUAUAGGCGAAGCUAUCGAUCGCAUGAUUGUUGAGAAGAUCAUGUAUGCCGAGCUUCGCCCGAUGCUGCUAGACAAAUCCAUACCUAGCAGCGAUGGUCGCCGUGCAAUUGACAAUUUUGCCCAGAUGCAACUCAUAAUCGAUGGCGUUCGAGAGAAAAAGGCGCAGCUCGAGAAAAAGGGAGAGAUUAACAAAUUUCCGUUUGGACUUAAGAUCGUGUACUGCACGCCACGAUCAAUACCUCCGGCACUUAUGAGAAAGGAAAUGGAACACUGCAUCGAGCUCAAGAUGAAGUUCCCAGAGCUCAUAUGCGGCUUUGAUCUUGUGGGUGCUGAAGAUCGCCCAAACCACAUCGGCUUCUACAAGAAAGAGCUCAAAGCUUUCCAAAAGGCUUGUAAGGAGGUGAAAGUGGAAAUUCCCUUCAUGUUCCAUGCAGGUGAAACUUUGCUCGAUACCGGCGGCUCUGCUAAACCAGAAAAUUCCAAUCUUUACGAUGCGGUGGCUCUGGGAGCAAGGCGCAUCGGCCACGGGUUUGCACUCUUGAAACAUCCGCAUCUUGUGGAAGAGUUCAAGAAAUCCAACAUUUGCGUCGAGCUUUGUCCUAUCUCGAAUGAACUGCUACAUCUUUGCAGAAAUGUGAAGGAACACCCAUAUCCAGAACUACUGGCGGCAGGUAUACCAUGCACAGUCAACUCAGAUAAUCCCUCGCUAUUUAACAAUUCCAUGUCCCACGAGUUCUAUCAGAUCAUGGUGGGCGCGCCUACCAUGUCUCUCUACAGCUGGAAACAGCUUGCACGCUGGAGUAUAGAAUACAGCUGUCUUGAUACUAAGCAACAGAAGGACGGACGCCAAUUCCUCGACGAAAGUUGGAGUGAGUUCUGUCAAACGAUUGUGAAAGAUUACGGUGGCCUCAUGAGCGAAGACAACCCAAGGGAGAUAAAUCCCUAUAGGGCAGAGGUAGCAUAUGGACCCCGCAAGAGGAUACAUCCAGCUAUCCUGAAAGCAGAGAGUGAUAAGGAUGGUGGACCGGAACGAGUGAAAGUAGAGAGGGAGAAAGCAGAGGCGUGGAAAAGAUCUUUGCCUAGCGACAGUGUCGUGCUAGUGCAUAGCGUCGGCAGUAACCAAACAUAG